AUGCAGAUCACCAAAGUUGCCAUUUUCCUUUUCGCUGCUGUUGGCGUUGUUGCCAACCCCAUCGCUACCGAGUCCAACGACAUCGAUGCUCGAGCCUCGACCAAACAGCAAGGAUGCCGGAAUGAUCGCGACGCCUGUACUUACGAUACCCACCACAAGAAGGUUGACUGCCAGCUCUAG